UGCUCAGUUCAUUUUUGCAAGAAUCUAUCUAUCUAUCUAUCUGUAUGCAUGGCUUCCUCCUUCUCCAAAUCCAAAACAUUGAUUCCUAACCUCCUAAGCUCAACACUGGGUGGUCUUCUUCGUCGGACACUAAUUCCGUCCGCGAUUCCGCGCUUUGGUCCCGCUUUUGUAACGUCUCGCCGUUUUGAAUCAAUCCGAGCUGAACCCGCUGAGAGUCCUGAUGAUUUGGAGGUCCUGGAUUUCCCAGGAGGGAAGGUUAAAUUCACCUCCUAUAUGAAAUUUAUUUCUGAAACUCAUGAUGAAAGGAUUCACUGCUACCGGGUCCUCAAUGAUGAUGGUUUCCCCGUCACUAACAAUUUUGUGAAGAUUGACAAGAAGGUUGCUGUGAAAAUGUAUACCGAUAUGAUCACACUUCAAACUAUGGAUACCAUUUUCUACGAAGCUCAAAGACAAGGAAGAAUAUCAUUCUAUGUUACAACAAUUGGAGAAGAGGCCAUCAAUAUUGCAUCAGCUGCAGCACUUCACAUGGAUGAUUUCAUCUUUCCUCAGUACAGGGAGCCCGGAGUUCUGAUAUGGAGGGGAUUCACUCUACAGGAAUUUGCCAACCAGUGCUUUGGGAAUAAAGAUGAUAAUGGAAAAGGCAGGCAGAUGCCUAUCCAUUAUGGAUCUAAUCAACACAAUUACUUCACCGUCGCAUCAACUGUUGCUACACAAAUUCCCCACGCUGUUGGUGCUGCAUAUUCUUUGAAGAGGGAUGGAAGGGAUGCCUGUACUGUUGUGUAUUUUGGAGAUGGAGGCUCUAGUACGGGUGACUUCCAUGCUGCAUUAAAUUUUGCGGGGGUGAUGGAGGCACCAGUGAUCUUUUUCUGCCGGAAUAAUGGCUGGGCAAUAAGUACCCCUGUUAGUGACCAGUUUAGAAGCGACGGUGUUGUUAGCAGGGGGAAAGCGUAUGGAGUUCGCAGCAUUCGUGUCGAUGGAAAUGAUGCUGUUGCUAUAUUCAGUGCAAUGAGUGCUGCUCGUGAGAUGGCUGUUAAGGAGCAUAAGCCUGUUCUAAUCGAGGCCCUCACAUACAGGGCAGGACACCACUCCACUUCAGAUGACUCCACCAAAUAUCGUCCCGCCGAUGAAAUUGAACUGUGGAAAAGUGCACGGGAUCCUGUAACGAGGUUUCGGAAAUGGAUUCAAAGAGAAGGUUGGUGGGACACUGCGGCUGAAUCACAACUUCGUGGCAAUCUCAGGAAGCAGGUGUUACAUGCAAUUCAAGUAGCAGAAAGAGCAGAGAAACCACCUAUCAGUGAAGCGUUUACAGAUGUUUAUGAUGUUCCUCCUGCCAACCUAUGCGAGCAAGAGAUGUCACUCAGAGACACCAUCACAAGGCAUCCGCAGGACUAUCCUUCUGAUGUUCCUUUCUAGAACGAUCAAUCGAUCAAUCAAUCAAUCUACUUUAUUUUCAUUUUUAGGAAAUAAAAGUUGUGGGAAGAUAAUCGGCAUGAUUGCUGCCAUCAAUCAAUAUGAUGUGAACAUCUGACUGAA